AUAACAAUGCAAGCUCUGUCUGAAGCGUCAUUUUCAUUGUCAAUGUGUUGAGUUGAGUUUUGUAGUUGACAUCAAUUUGUAAUCAUAUUUCGAAGUUGUAAGUGUUGACAUUCAAACAGUACAUCGCGAGGAGUUUAGAGUGAUUUUGUGGUUUGUAGUUUAUGAUUGUGAUAACAUGACAACUACGCCGAAGUCUCUGAUUGAUGAUUCUCUUGGUGAAUCGUGGGUUGACCUGACGGCUAGCCCAGGGAGAGUGACACCCCUGCCGUUCGCCCCCGCCGAGGAAUACCUGCGACUGCUGAGGGAGGCACAGAGGGAAAGCAGCAAUCAGUCUUCAGCCAGACACUCUCUAGCCUCGUCAAGGAGGGACAGUCCGAAAUCGCCUCCAAAUUCUCCAAACACAGAAUUAGAAGAUGGUCUCAGAGGGGUGUAUAUCAAUUACAACACUAAGGAAGGUGAUUUUUUGAAUGUAGAGAAAAAUACCGACUGGAUUUGGGACUGGAGCAGUCGACCAGAUCAGCUACCACCAAAAGACUGGAAAUUCAAGCAUCCAAAACGGGCCAUCAACUACAGUAUCAGACACGCUAAAGUGGGCAAAAACAGUCUGUUCUCGAAAGAAGUCCUGUAUACGUUGUUUUUGACCAAUGUGAUUUCGCUUAUCUUGGGCACGGGAGUUGGGAUGUGGUUGAGCCGGAAAGGAAUCAUUGUCUCGCACAUCAAACUCGAUUAAGCCGUUGGUUUCCGAUUAAUUGAUUGGUUGCGAUCGCCCGCCCAGAUUACUUCCUAUCAAAGUGACAAAAGGCUACUUCUCCAUCCAAAACUCACCUAUUUUCUCAUCUGUCGGGGAUGAGCAAGUUAGGACCAUGGAGAACUCUGAAGUAGAGCUAGCUCACUUUUGUGCGAAGUUUCAUUAUCAAGUGUGAUUUAUUAUUAUUUUGUAUUCGAUUGACUUUAUUCUAUCAUUUUUGAGUUUACUUUACCACAUGAUUAAUCUUGUCACCACUUUGCUUCAUUCAAAUUUUUUACAUGAAAUAUUAUUCUAAAAAUGAUUAUAAUCACCAACAAUGUUGACUAUUUUCUAUUAUAGAUUUAAAUUUAUUAUCUUGUCUAUUUAAAUAAUGUUAGUAAUUCAAUUGAUGAAUGUUUGAACUAAUCUUUGUAUAGUUAUUCAGAUUCAUAAUUAUUAUUAGACAAAAGAAUAGUACCUAAUCUAAGAUUAAUUUAUAAUAUUUAAUUAUUUCUGUCAACUAUUAUUAAUAGCUCUGUGAUUUUUAAGGCUUUCAAAUCUUGAACUUGUAAUUUGGUAAUACUGUAACAUUAUCCUCUUAAAUCAUCAGAUCAAGUGAAAGAAAAUGGCGGAAUUGAAUGACCAAACCUUUUUGUAUUUUUACUGUGUAUGUAGGAAGAUGGUAUUACCUGCUACCGUAUUGAAUGAGAUCGCUCUUUUUGGAAGACUGACGUAUUGUUAACUGGACGUAUUGAGAUAAAUCUUCAUUUUCGUUACUUGAUAACUCCCAUUGAAUAUUACUUUUUCAAAAAUAUUUUUCUGUAGCCUACUCUUUAAAGUUUUUCCAAAAUUCACAGCACAGGUUUAUCGGAUUCACAUUAUUUUUCAAAAAGUUAUUUUUAUUUUUUACAUUCAGAUUGGAGAAUCAAUUUAUUUAUUCAUCCUAUAAGAAAGAAUAAAUUUCUUUUUUUUUAUUGAUAACUUGUGCUGGUGAAUUUUAUCCUACUCUUCAAAUUGCAAUUAUUGUGAUCUACUAAAUUCAAUAUACUGUGGUAGAUUGAUAAUAUACAUUUCUAGAACUUAUACUAUUUCUAUUUUGAUAAAUACCUUCAAUCUAUAUCCUAUACACUUUAAACUUUUUAUAACUUCGAAACCUAAACAUUUUGUAUUUCCUAUUGCUUGGAUACCUAAAUUGCCAAACGCAGUAAUAAUAGUAAGGAUUGAAUCUUCCAUUCAUUGAUAAAUAAUUAUAUGUAUGUAAAAUAAAAUCUCUUACUAAUGAAUAGUAUCAAAUUUUAAUGUAUUCAAAUUUUUGUAAUAUUCUUAUAUUUCAUGAUAAUAUAAUUAUUAUGCGAGUAUGCCAUAUGGGGCUAGCAUAGGACAUUUAACUUUGAUGUUGUGCUAAACGUUUAUAAUAUCUCCCAAUACAAUAAAUAGCAGUAUUUGUAAGAAACUUUAACUCAAACAUAGAACUCAUCAGAUAAGAGAUGGAUAUGAUAGUAUAUGUCUUGAUUGUCGUGUUGUACUUAACGGACUCUGGUAAAUUUAUAUUAUGGUCUCUCUGAACUCGUUUGGUGUGUAAACUAAAUUCUAUUGAAUUAAUUUACUGAACAUUUCAAUUAAUGAUCUCAAUAUUUGAAUAAAUCCAAAAUUAGCUUCUCGAAUUUGUUUUAAUUUUCAAUAAAUAAAGAUGAAUACAAUACUAUGCACAGAUCAUCCGGUUUGUGUUUGAAGUUUAAAGCUAUUUAUCCACAUUAUAACAGCAGGAAAGUCCAUAGAAAAAUGUAUUCUUUAAUUCGCCAAUAAUAGAAUAUUCGAGAGUGGUUCUUAAAUAUAUUUCAUUCCCAUAGAAAUAGAUUCACUUUCUAAAAGUCCUAGCUUGCACCUACAAAUUUUCACUCUAUCAAUAUUGGUGUCAGUAAUUUGUAUGAACUCUAUGAUGUUUGUA